CGCCUGACUAGGAAAGCUCUUUGAAAGGCUGGUCGCGCACGCACACCGCUAAUUCGUUUUGCUACCCGUUCUCCCCACUCCAUUCAGAAAUAUGUUCUCUGUACGAGCCCUUGUUCGCCAGGCUGCGACAACCUCUGCAGUAGCCCGCAAUAUGGCUGCAAAGCGAACCAUUCACUCUUCACCUGCAGCUUUGUCUGAUCAUCUGUUUGUGCACCGCAACACUCCCGAAAAUAAUCCUAGCAUUCCUUUCGAAUUCGACCAAGACAACAAGAAGCGAAUUGAAGAGAUUCUUAAGCGUUAUCCUCCUCAAUACAAGAAAGCUGCCAUCAUGCCACUUCUUGAUCUCGGCCAGAGACAAAACGGAUUCACUUCUAUUUCUGUCAUGAAUGAGGUUGCACGACUUGUCGAAGUUCCUCCUAUGCGUGUAUAUGAGGUUGCCACAUUCUAUACCAUGUUCAACAGAGAACCUGUUGGCAAGUACUUCUUGCAGUUGUGUACUACCACUCCUUGCCAGCUCGGUGGUUGUGGAUCCACCAAGAUCCUUGAGACCAUCAAGGACCACUUGAAGAUUGAAGUUGGCGAGACAACCAAGGAUGGCAAAUUCACACUAGUUGAGGUCGAAUGUGCAGGUGCAUGCGUUAACGCUCCUGUCCUUGCUAUAAACGAUGAUUACUAUGAGGACUUGACUCCCGAGACUACCAAGAAGGUUCUUGAAAACUUGCAAAAUGGUAAGCCAGUCACACCUGGACCCCAAGGUGGUCGCCACACUUGCGAGUAUGCCCCUGGAAAGUACACUACUCUCAACAGCGAACCAUAUGGUCCUGGAUUCGGAAUGAGAGAUGACUUUUGACAAAUACACACCCGUCCGUUUUUGUAUCGUAUAUUAUGAUGGUGAUGUAUCAUGUCGCAGAGAUAAAGAGAAUAAGUGUGGCGAUGGUGUUCCAGGUUUGGGAUAGGCCCUUGAGACUGCAAGAUUAGGCCAUGGGGACAAACACUGAACAGAAUCAGGC